AGAAGAAUAGAUUAUUAGUUAAAAAUGCAGGAAUUGAAGUGAGAGCAGAAAGAAAACAUGAUAUCAAAGAAUUAUUAGGGUUUAGAAUUGUUUUUGAGGGAAAUGAUAUGGAGUUGGAUGUGGAGAAGAAAGGGAACAGGAUUAGGGUGGAGACUCAGACUAAUGCAAUGCCAUUCUUCUUCUGCUUGGUGCUGUGGGCAGAGACAGAAGCAGAAGGAGAAGCAGAGAGUGAACAGCCAGAGUUUGAAGCUUACAGUGUCUAGGUGUCCAUCUGAUUUGAUUGCCCUCUCCUUUUUUUUGUGGACAGCCCAACGGCGCCGCCAUGACUUGGUGGCCCUCGAUCACAUCGUCACCGUGCUCCGUCGCCUCACUCACCGCUAUAACACUGUCUCAGCCACGCUCUCUGAGCUGAAGAGCAUCGGAUGUGCCUCUCUCAGAAACCCUAAAUCUCAGUUGGUGUUGUUGAGGGUUUACUGGCGUGCAGGUAUGUAUGACAUGGUUGUUGAGGCGUAUGAGCACAUGCAAAGCGCCUACGGAUUUGUCCCCAACACCUUUGCUCGUAAUUUGCUUAUGGAUGUUCUCUUUAGGACAGGACACAACCAUGUGGCGGUCUCUCUCUCUCUCUUCAAUCACACCCAUCCCCCUAAUUUCUUCACCUUCAACAUUGCACUCUUUCAUCUUUCCAACAUGAACUUGAAGAGGGAAUGCCACAACACUCUCCCUUACAUCUCUUAUAUUUUCAGACUUUCGCUCAGGGCAGGCUAUUCUCCCUCCCCUCUCAUAUUUCGGAUGCUUCUCCAUUCCUUCUGUAACAUUAAUGCACUACCGCAGGCUUUUCAGCUUUUGGCACUCAUGACUGUUCUGGGCAUCAAUUUCUCUGUCAAUAUGUGGACCAUUCUCAUCCAUAACUAUUGUAGGUUAGGCCGACUUCAUCUUGCUGCCAACCUCUUCAACAAUAUGCUUCAAACCGGUUGUUCUCCUAAUGUUGUAACAUAUACCAUCUUAUUUAAGGCUUUUAUGAAAUACAGCAUGCUAAGUCAUGCUUUCCGUUUGUUUAAUGACAUGUUAUCUACAGGCCAAAUCCCAGAUUUAAUUUUAUCUAAUGUAUUAAUUGAUUGUCUUUCAAAGGCUGGAAGGUGUCGUGAUGCGCUCCGAGUUUUUUUAAGUUUAUCCCACCAAAACUUAAAACCUGAUUAUUAUACCCUUACUUCAUUGUUAUCCACGAUCGGUCGUUCCAGGAUGUUUUAUCUCUUACCCAAAGUAGUUACAGCCUCCAGACAUAUAGAUACUGAUUUAGUGUUCUGCAAUUCCCUUUUAAGCUCUCUUACUAAGGCCGACCUACCUUCUAUUGCCGUUGGAUUCUAUGACUACAUGAUUGAUGUCGGUUUUGUGCCAGAUAAAUAUAGUUUUGCUGGACUGUUAAGCGCACUCUGUGCUGUGGGAAGAGUUGAUGAAGCUGUUAAUAUGUACCGUGUUGUUGUUAUGAGUUCUCAUGAUACUGAUGCUUACUUACAUACUGCAAUUACAGGCGAACUUUUAAAGGUCCAAAAGUAUCGCAAGGCUGUCAGUGUUACCAGAUUAGCAGUAAUGAACAGAUAUCCGCUGGAUAGUGUGGCAUACUCAAUUGGCCUCUGUGCACUUCUUAGAGAUGGGAGAAUUCAAGAGGCUUGGACAUUGUAUUACUGGAUGAAGGACAAUGGUCUGAAACCUAGUGUUCAUACCUAUAAUAUGAUGUUUUUCACAUUUUGUAAAGCAAAAGAUCUUCCAGUGAUAAAACAGAUACUGCGUGAGAUGAUUGAGUCAGGGAUACACUUGAGUGACAGAAAUGUCUUCAACUUAUGUAAAUAUUCAUGUAGAUUGGAUAUAUAUCUUUCUGUUUUAAAUUUGUUGGCUGAAAUGAGAGAUCUGAGGUUGUUAUCUGCCAAGGCAUUGCAUGCAUUAAACUUUGUUUGGCAUGAGGAAGGAGUACAAUCAAAACAUAAACAUCAGGCUGAAGUUAAUACAGAGUGUAACCCAAUUCUAGAUUCAUCCAGUUCUGAAGAUCUGUCAGAUGUAGCUGCUUCAGUUGGUUGAACACUUAUGCUUACCAUGUAGCGCACUUCUGCUUGAAGGGUUCAUUAAAUUUCUAUGCUGUGAAAUUCAUUAUCUAUCAUACCCCGGUUACUCUUAAGAGAGGGAAGAUUCUUAUUCCAGGCAAGUUUACCCGCCUUAGUGAGCAUGGCUGACAUGAAAUCAUUUACUUCUUGCAUAUGGUUUGCACAAAAGAAAGACUACAAGAAAGUAGUUGUAUUGUUUACGGACCCAACAUCUUCCAUGCGUUAUCUUGAUAUAAGCUGGAAUGAGAUAGUGAGAGAAAAGCUGGGGAAAGCAAAGCUUCAAUGCAUUCACAGUAUCAGCUCCGACGCUUCUAACAAUUGGGACAUAUCUUCUCCAACGCGUCUGAGAACAGUGUUGACACCGUGUCGUGCACGCCCCGGACGCUUGUCCAUGUACGCAAUGCAUGGAAGCGGGCAAGUGCAACCUCCUAGCCAUCUCAGAGCUUCAUAGCUCAUGUAUGAUGUUGCAUGGGAUACCUUCAAUAUUACCAUCUUCAUUGACAUUUGUCUCGUUUUCAGGUACUAUUUAUAAUAGUGCUGAUUUUACAGUUACAUAGGCUGUUGUCGAUGAUCUUACAUCUCCUAUUUUACACAUUCAGCCACUUUCAUUGGAUGAUUAAAAGGAGUUGCUGCUGCUGCCACAGAUUUCUAUAGACAACCAGAUCAGUAUACACAGAUUGGACAGAGUCGAGCAGAAGAAUAAUGUGUUUCAAUCUUUGCUCCCAGUUUUUGUUUUUCAUAAUAAGCGUAGAAUUUUGAUACUUUCUUUAGUUAGUAUAAUUAGAAGUUGUAAAUAAACUGUACUACAUCAAAAUAAAGAAAAAAAAAUAAUUUAUGGCCAAUUUUAGUUAGGCCAUGCUGUUUUUAGUUUAGAUUAGUCUAGUUUUCUUUCCUUGUUUUAUAUCUUUCCACCAAACGAAAAGAGAGACGGGGACAAAAGCUGAAAGUCAAUCCGAAGCAAGGCUGGUCAAGCAAAGAAUGAGUAGCUAGCUCGAUAGCUGAUGGUUGGCGCUUGCCAGGGAAAUUUGGCAUGCGUAUGACUGUUAGGUUGGUUACACCUACAACUUAUGCAUGCCCUUAACCUUAAGAUUACUGUUGCAGUAUUGUUUUAUAUUUAGUCCAGGAAAUGACUUGACAGAGGAAAGAAGAAUGAAAGUGAAUUGGAAAAGAUUAUGUUGAAUUGAAAUGAACUUAGGGAGUGAGUCUCCAACAUCAUCACCUCCCACACCUCCCUCUCCACUUCCCAUUAGUUUUGGACCAGGCAACAGGACAUACUCCUUCUCAGUAUCUUCCACUCCAUCGCCACCUUUCUCACUAGCUCCUUCAUCCCACCCAUCUCAUGACAAUCUUCCUCUUCUGCACAAGACGUUACCAACUACUAAUGUUCCUUAUGCAUUUUCAUUGGAUCACCAAGAACUGGAAUCCAAGAAUACAUGCCUCAAGGAUUUGACAGGUUAGAAUGGUUUGUCGAAAGAUGUUGCAGUUGCCGUGACAAACUUCCUUGAAUCUUCCAAAUGACACAACAGCUUAAGGAAUAAUGAAAGCAGUAUUCACCAGAAUUUGUUCCUAUAUUAUCGAGGCAUUCGAUUAAACUCUGAAGUGGAUACCUAGACACCAUCUAACAUCUUUGCUGAAAUUAAACGAGUAAAUAUAUUUCUGCAAAAUUAAAUUUGAACAGAAUAUAUUUUUGAA